UUGCCUUUUAAUAAAUGCUGGUGGUUAGCUGUUAAGUGGUUUGUGUUCACAGGAAGUUAUGCAGGUUAAUGUCAUCCGCGCUAGUGCUAGCUGCAUAUCUUUCAGAUUACACUUCAACCUCAACUUCAAGUCGCCAACUUCCGUUUACCACUUUUAAGCUGUUAAAUCAAGCUGAAAUGCCUCCAGCCAAGCGGGUUAGACUCGAUCAUGAUACGGAGCUCCCUAAAGAGGCGCCUGGAGGAACAACACAGGUACCAGGUACAGAAUCAGCGUCACCAGCGCGUCCGCUUCCUCGACCUCCCAGGCAAGCUCUGGAAUUCAAUCUACACCCACUGUCUAGCCGGCCACGAAUACAGCCUUAAGCUCCGUGUCUACACCCAGCCCUCACACAGGAACCGCCUCUACCUACCCCGCCUAGCGUCCCCCCACGUAACACUCUUCAGCUACACGGCUUUCAAUAACCUGGCCCGCAACAUCAGUCCCCUCGGCCGCGCACACAUCCAGCAUCUGCAGUUCAAUUGGUAUGAGAAGUGGGCGUGUGAUAUAGGUACGGUGCUGAGGAAGAAACCGGGGGUUCCGGCGCUAUUGGCGCAGUUUGAGCGGUUGCGGACGGUGGACUUGAGGGUUAGUGCAAAGUAUCGUACAGCGCGGCGACAAAGCGUGGAGGCGGUGGAGUUUGUCAAGAGGCAUGGCUUGGUAUGAGAGAGUUGAAGGCGAGGGGUGUUGAUGUACGCCUUGUGGUCAAGGAUGAGUUUGACGAUGAGGCUGAUGAGCGGGCGGAGGGGUGGAGGAGGGAGGUUAUGGAGCUC